AAUAAGAAUGAAGGGCUGAGUCCUGGGGGAGCCAAUAGCAAAAAGCCGAGGGACGGUGGCGGCGGACUGUGAGAGGAAACAAGAAGACAGGCCCAAGAUGGAGGCGGUGGUGGUGGUAGCGGUGUGACAGGACAGUUGUGCACUGCCUCCUCACUGCAGUGAGUCUGAGAUCUUGGCACUCAGCUGUGAGAUAAGCAGUAGCAGAUUCUGAGCAGAGAAGGGAGUCCUAUGGCACCUGCCCAGUCCUCCCUCAGCCCAUCUUGACAAAAGUAGGUUCCAUGGAACCACCACGAGGCCCUCCUGCUAGUGGGGCUGAGCCAUCUCGGGCAGUUGGCACUGUCAAAGUGUACCUGCCUAACAAGCAACGCACAGUGGUGACUGUCCGGGAUGGCAUGAGUGUCUAUGACUCUUUGGACAAGGCCCUCAAGGUGCGGGGUCUCAAUCAGGAUUGCUGCGUGGUCUACAGACUCAUCAAAGGAAGAAAGACAGUUACUGCCUGGGACACAGCCAUUGCACCUCUGGAUGGUGAAGAGCUCAUUGUGGAGGUCCUAGAAGAUGUGCCACUGACCAUGCACAAUUUUGUACGGAAGACAUUCUUCAGCUUGGCCUUCUGUGACUUCUGCCUUAAGUUUCUGUUCCAUGGCUUCCGCUGCCAAACCUGUGGCUACAAGUUCCACCAGCAUUGUUCCUCCAAGGUCCCCACAGUCUGCGUUGACAUGAGUACCAACCGCCGACAGUUCUACCACAGCAUCCAGGAUUUGUCUGGAGGCUCCAGGCAGCAGGAGGUUCCCUCAAAUCUCUCUGUGAAUGAGCUGCUAACCCCCCAGGGUCCCAGCUUUUUCUCUAUCAGCCCCUGCACCCAGCCCCGUGACCUGGAGCACUUCUCCUUCCCUGUCCCUGCCAACCCCCCACUGCAGCGCAUCCGCUCCACAUCUACUCCUAACGUCCACAUGGUCAGCACCACAGCUCCCAUGGACUCCAGCCUCAUGCAGUUCACUGCUCAGAGCUUCAGCACCGACGCUGCUGGUAGAAGUGGUGAUGGAGCCCCCAGGGGUAGCCCUAGCCCAGCUAGUGUGUCCUCAGGGAGGAAGUCCCCACAUUCCAAGUCACCUUCAGAGCAGCGAGAGCGGAAGUCCUUGGCAGAUGAAAAGAAAAAAGUGAAGAACCUGGGGUACCGAGACUCAGGCUAUUACUGGGAGGUGCCACCUAGUGAGGUACAGCUGUUGAAGAGGAUCGGGACAGGCUCUUUUGGCACUGUGUUUCGGGGGCGUUGGCACGGCGACGUAGCUGUGAAAGUGCUCAAGGUGGCCCAACCUACUGCUGAACAGGCCCAGGCCUUCAAGAAUGAGAUGCAAGUGCUCAGGAAGACACGACAUGUCAACAUUUUGCUGUUCAUGGGUUUCAUGACCCGGCCAGGGUUUGCUAUCAUCACACAAUGGUGUGAGGGUUCCAGUCUAUACCACCACCUACAUGUGGCUGACACGCGCUUUGACAUGGUCCAGCUUAUUGAUGUGGCCCGGCAGACUGCCCAGGGCAUGGACUACCUCCACGCCAAGAACAUCAUCCACCGAGAUCUCAAGUCCAACAAUAUCUUCCUACAUGAGGGGCUCACAGUCAAGAUUGGUGACUUCGGCCUGGCCACGGUGAAGACACGGUGGAGUGGGGCCCAGCCCUUAGAGCAGCCCUCAGGGUCUGUGUUAUGGAUGGCAGCUGAGGUGAUCCGUAUGCAGGACCCGAACCCCUACAGUUUCCAGUCGGAUGUGUAUGCCUAUGGGGUUGUGCUGUAUGAGCUUAUGACCGGCUCAUUGCCCUAUAGCCACAUCGGCAGCCGUGACCAGAUCAUCUUUAUGGUGGGCCGUGGCUAUCUGUCUCCGGACCUCAGCAAAAUCUUCAGUAAUUGCCCCAAGGCCAUGAGGCGCCUGCUGUCUGACUGCCUCAAGUUCCAGCGGGAGGAGCGGCCCCUAUUUCCCCAGAUCCUGGCCACGAUCGAGCUACUGCAGCGGUCACUCCCCAAGAUUGAGCGGAGUGCCUCCGAACCCUCCUUGCACCGCACCCAGGCUGAUGAGUUGCCUGCCUGCCUUCUCAGCGCAGCCCGCCUUGUGCCUUAGGCGCCACUCCCAGCCACCAGGGAGUCAAUUUUAGCCUGCUAUGCCAAGGCACCCCUUCUUAUCAGCCAGUCAUUGUUCUGCCUCUGCCUUGAUACUGCCUCAGGAUUCCCUAUCCCACACCCUGGGAAAUUUGGGGAACCCCCAAAGACUGAGAUCCCCUGCUUCCUCCAUAAUUUGGUUUCCUCUUGGCUUUGGGGAUAUUUCUAAUUUGGAGAACUGUUUCAUCUCCAACGGCUGGGAUUCAUGGCAAGGAUUCUACUCAGAACCUCUUUCUAAAGUUUUUGCCUGACAUGUCUUCACUGGAUUUUGGGGUUCCCAGCACCCCAUAUGGAUUUGGAAGUUUCCCUUUGUCUCCCCCACUAUUCAAGGAUUCUCUUUACCAAGAAGCACAGAAUUCUGCUGG